AUGGGCAAAAAGAUUCAGUGCAUCGGAAGGUACACGCUGGACGGGGUCUCGCUCGGCUGGGGCAACUUUGCCAGGGUCGAGUUGGCAACACACAAUCUCACCAAGGUCAAGCACAAAACAUGGGAGAAGAUAAGGCGCAAAAUAGCGGACAAGUUCAUUGAACAAACAUUCCUGGUACAACCGUCACACGAACUGAAAUCCAGCAUGACAACUAACUUCUCCAAUACAAACCAUGGAGAAACGACACAACUGAACCGCCUUCCAGCUUUCAGCGUGGAAGUAAUUUUCCAGAUGAUGCAGUUGGAGUUGGAGCAGGUGUAA